AUGUCGGACACGUUGCGACAUCCGGCGGUCAAUAUGUCGCAGGGUCGUACAAUCGUGUACGAAUCUAGCGCGAUCUUGGCGUGCCUGGAGAAGGCGUACGACGAGGCACCUUGUAUGCCACGGUCCCCAGCUCUGUACGCCGUGGCGCAGUCCCGUCUGCAUGAAUCGAACGAGAUCUUGUCCGUCGUGGGCGAUUUGGUCGUCUACUUGCGUCGAUUCCCGCACGAGAAGCGGAAUGUCGCAGUUGUGAAUGCCAAGUGGGCGUCGGUCAAGUGCGAGUUGCGACUGUGGGAGACGUAUUUGGAUGGCCACCAGUAUCUCGUGGACCCCAAUGUGCCGUAUCUGUGCGACUUUACGCUCUUUACAAACAUUGCGUACGCAGUACGGUGUGACUUGCAACUCGGUGGAUUGUACCUGUGUUAA